GCACGUUGGAUUCCUCGGGCUGUUGACAUGUUCUGCAUCCUGAACGAUACAUUCCGCAUUGCCAUGUUGAUGGAAGAGGACCAGGCUGCCCAGGUGUCAGAUAAACCAGAGGAUGAAUCGGUCAAGGCGCAGAGGAAGGAAGUCUUGUCUCUGAUAUGCGAAGAUUCCCAAGAAUGGCAUAUGAGGAACUUUACAAAGAUCUUAGCAGGAGCACCAUACCUGCGCAAACUUGCAUAUGGAAGCGUCAAACAACAGUCCAAGCUACUGGAUGUCCUGACCGAGAUGCAGGGCAUUAUGAGUCAGGUACGGUCAGAUGAUACCAGUCACCUGAAAACUUGCAUUGGACAGUAUGCCGCCCCAAGGCCUACAGAUGAGGGGCUGAGCCCUACAAUUUUUACUGACAACAAAUCUCGUGCUAAACUUGGCGUUAAUCACCCCCAACUUGCAGCGCUACUGUGUCCUAUCAAGCAUGUCAAAGCAUUUCAUGAAGAUCCAAAAAAGUACAACGCAGUGAUCAAGAUGCAGACGGCUGCAUGGCCUGCAUUUGCAUAUGCAGGUGAUCCACCCGGCACAGAUUUUGACCCAGACAACGUUCAAGAAGGAUUUUUACAAGGUUAUUAUUUGAAGCACGUUUUCUGUCACAUAUUCACUUCCCCAUCAUCUGCGCUCCUCCCUGAUGGAGAUGCGAACACGAUCCACUCAGGUAAUGCCAAAUUACAUGGCAUGGAGAAGGUCGAGGCUGAGCAUAUCGCAUAUGCAUUCAUCCAGGUGCGUGCUGCAAUAGAAUUUAUUUAUACCACUAUCUAA